GCGGCGGAGCAGCAGGCCCGGAGGGAGGCGUGGCGUCCCUGUAAGCAGCUCGCGGGGAGGAGGAGGAGGAAACUCGAACCUCGUCCCUCGUUCACGCCCCCGCUCCUCGCCGCCGGCCCCCCCUCGCCCCCUCCUGCGCUCACGCCCUUGCCGUCCUCUUCGCCGUCGUCGCCGAAGCUGCCACCAUUAUGCUGAAACUGAGCAGCUCUGAGGAGGAGUCCGACGGAGAGGUGAAGGAGGAGCCCGGAAUCCCCGGGCGCGGACUGCCGUCGCGGUCCGGGGGCGCCAGCGCCGCCCACGACCACCAUGCCCCUGAUGGAGGCCCGCAGGCGCCCGCCCCCCACCCGUCCCUGCAGGUCCCCGGCGCCAACAGCUCGCUCCCGAGGAGACCGAGCAUGCGAGCGGGCCAAGGGAGCGUGUCCCCGGCGAGCACCCUCAGCGUGGACAACCUCAGCGUGGGCGGGGGCUCGAGGGCGAACUCUCUCCCUCGACCCACCUCGCCCUCGCCCUCCGUUAUGAGCGACAAGACCAUGACUCAGGAGGACCCCGCGGAAAAGCAAGAACGCGAGGAAGAGGAGAGGAAAAAGCGACUCCAGCUGUACGUGUUCAUCCUCCGCUGCAUCUCGUACCCGUUCAACGCCAAGCAGCCCACGGACAUGACCAAGAGACAGAUCAAGGUCACCAAGCAACAACUCGAGACGAUUCAAGGACGAUUUCAGAGUUUCCUGAAGGGCGAACUCCAGAUCGCAGCUGACGAAGCCUUCACUAACGCGGUGCAGAGUUACUACGAAGUGUUCCUGAAGAAUGAGCGCCUCCUGUCCAUGGUGAUCUCGGGCGCGUGUUCGCAGCACGACCUGAGGGAGGUCUUCAAGCACAACGUCGAGAAGAGAGUCAGGUCCUUGCCCGAGAUCGACGGCCUGAGCAAGGAGACUGUCCUGACCUCCUGGAUGGCCAAGUUCGACAUGAUCAUCAAAGGGGAGGAGGAGAGCAAACGCCCAGGCAGGAUGCAACAGAGCCUGAACAGCGAGCUCAUCAUGCCCAAGGAACAGCUCUUCGACAUGUUCCAGCAGAUCCUCAGCUUGAAGAAGUUUGAACAUCAGCUGCUUUUCAAUGCCAUGCAGCUGGACAGCCAGGAUGAACAAGCAGCAGCCAUCCGCCGAGAACUGGACGGCAGGAUGCAGAAAGUUGCGGAAUUAGAGAGGAAUCGCAAGUUGAUGCCCAAGUUUGUCGUGAAGGAGAUGGAGUCCCUGUACCUCGAAGAACUCAAGACCUCUAUCAACCUCCUGAUGGCCAACCUAGAAAGUCUCCCGGUGUCCAAGUGCUCGCAAGAGGGCAAAUAUGGCUUGAAAACCCUUAGAAAAUACAAUCACAGGGGUGGUUCAGUCCAGGCCAGAUUUUUGUUCUGGAUGAGUAUCAGGCUCGUUAUGGUGUCCGAGGUUGCUUCAGACACCUGUGUUACCUUGAAGACCUACUUGAUCGUGCUGAGAAGGGACAAAUGAUUGACCCGACUCUCAUACACUACUCCUUUGCCUUCUGUGCCUCCCACGUUCACGGGAACAGACACCAAACUACAAGCCCCGCCGAAGAUGGGACAGUGACAGUAGGCCAAGAACAAACUCAAGGCCAAAUAGCCCCUAACGUUCCAUUUCCAACAAGACCGGAUGGAGUGGGAACCGUCCUGGCUGAAGAGAAGGAGCGCUUCCAAGCCAUCAAGGAAAGGUUAAGAGUCUUACUUGAACACCAGAUUACCAACUUCAUGUAUUGCUUCCCAUUUGGUCGACCUGAAGGUGCCCUCAAAGCCACAUUGUCUUUACUUGAACGGGUAAUGAUGAAAGAUAUAGCAACUCCAGUGCCCCCUGAUGAGGUGAGAGGCAUGAUUAAAAAGUGCCUAGAGAAUGCUGCUCUCUUAAACUAUACCCGUCUGUCAGCUGAAACAAAGAUUGAAGGUGGAGACACCACUCUGCAAGAGGACCUGAGUGGAGAGUCAGCAGUGUCAGCGAGCAGGAAACUUUAUGAUCUUAUUCACCUCGCAGAGCUAUGUGUCGAUCUACUUCAGCAGAAUGAAGAACACCAUGCUGAGUCAUUCUUACAUAUGAUCUUCAUGUAUCAAUGGUUGUGUUCUGUGCUACAUUAA